UGGAGUUAUUUAUGAUCCACCUAUAGAAGUUUCCGGACACGCUUUUCAUCCUGAUCCUCGUGGUUCAGGCGCUAUAAUAGCUCCUGAUAUUACUGUAUACCCAAGUAAUGCGUUUGUCCCAAGACCACCUACUGAUUUAAGACCUCCUCUUGCCUUUAUACCUCCUAGCGAUAUAGAUGGAAAUCCUCAUGCACGAGUAAUUUGUGAGGUAGCUAUAGGCCAAAGUGUUGGUCAUUUGAGACAAAAGAGUUUUACCUGGAUGCAAGAACAAUACGUCCGUGCUGUCAUCAGUAUCAAGAUUUUAGAUCCAAGACGAGGUAUACGGGAACCUACAACAGGAUAUUUUUAUAGAUCAAUGAUAGUAUGUGCAAAACUUUAUCGUCAAGGAAUGCUAGUACAACGAUGGGAUUUUGGAAAUAUUAAAAAGCAUGCAAAGGAUCCUAACACGGAUCCUGCUGGUUGCACCGCAGAAAACUUACCAGCUUUUCAGAUAAAUAUUCCUAUAAAUGAAGUAUUUUGGGACCCUCCAUUUCCUAUUCCAUCUACAUAUGGUCCAAUAAUCCCUCCUACGGCAAACAUAGUUGGUACUAAUUUUAUUAUUGAUUUAUACCGAAUUCAGCGAGAAGCUCUAAAAUCUAAAAUGUGA